ACGGGAUGGGCAUCCUUGAGCUGCUGAGAUCAGCCUAGACCUCGAUCGAGUAUCUUAUCUGUUCCCGUACGCAGUCUGAUCCAAAAAGAUUUUUUUUCGAAACCAAGACUAUGAGUUGGCGGCGGCUGUGACGACAUUCCCCCCUUCAGCACCUCAGAUCGAGUCCAGUUACAUCUCCCCAUCGACCAUUACUCAUUCCAUCCGCAUCAAGCAAAAAAACCCUGCAUCCACUCCCCCGGCUAGUCUUACAUAAUCACGUUCCCCUAUUGCCGUAAUUGCCUUUUACAGACAUCCUUUCCCCUCUGUCCAAAACAGGCAAUUGCCCUCUUUGCAUGUCCUCCUUCCACAAGUCCACUCGACUACCUCGUCUGGUCGUCACAGACCUCGACGGCACACUCCUCACCCCGCAGCACACUAUCUCCUCUCGAUCCACCAGUGCUCUAUCGCUCGCUCAACGCUUCCACCUCGCCACCCACAGUAAUGCCAAUGACAUCCAUGACAGCAUCCCUCCGAUCCAGAUAAUGAUCGCCUCUGGCCGCUCCCCUCGAUCGAUCCAAAAAGUAAUCGACCUCUUCAAUGGCCUCAUGGUCCCGGAUGCCGUCCUCUGCUGCAACGGUGCCCUGACCUACAACCCCCGCACCAAAACCAUCGCCCACCCUCAGUUCAUUCCCCUGCCCCAGGCGCUUGCUGUCACCCAAACCCUUCGUGCCCACAUUUCCAACCAUGGGACACUUCGUAGUCAUAUUCCCGCCAGCACGACCCCGCAGAACCAAGAGGAUGAGGAUCUCAAGCUCUUGCGACUCAACAGCGAUAUCAAUGGCCGUAUUGUCAGCAGUAACGACCAAGGGGCAAUAGGACAGGACAAAGAUGGGAUCGUAGCCGGAAGAGCAGGUUUUGCCUGCGAGGUCAUCUACUUCUCCUUUGACUCCCUGACCGGCGCCCCUGUCUACGACAAUGACACCAAAUUCAUCUGCGACCGCACCUGGGAGCUCCAACGAAAGCAUACCAUCUACUACGACUACACCGUCGUCCCAGACUCCAUGGAAUCCUUCCUUCAAUCCCUCUCCUCUCCCUCGCCUACUUCCUCUUCCUCGACCGCACCGCGUGGAGGGAUCAUCAAACUCAUGGCCCUAGAUCGGAACCGCUCCGCCCCCAAAGUCUUUGAAUCCCUACCAGCCUCCUUACGCCCCUCAUCUCCAUCUUCCACAACAACCGCCUCUGACGAGGUCUCGAUCACCUAUUCCGGAAACUACUUUCUCGAAAUCGCAGCCGCUGGUGUGAGUAAGGGUCUUGGCCUUUCUAAAUACUGUGAAGCCAACGCCAUCCCCGCCCAGGGCGUCGUCGCCUUCGGAGACCUCCUGAAUGAUGCCGAGAUGUUGCAGUUCGCAGGGUUGGGGCUUUGUAUGGGAAAUGGACACCCAGAGAUGAAAGCCCUAGCGGAUCGGGUUAUUGGGACGAAUACCGAGGAUGGCCUUGCCCAGGAAAUCGAGUCCUGGUUCGUUUGAGUCGUUUUGUUUUGCGGUAUAUUUAUUUACUUAUUCAUUCAUCCAUCGAGAACAUAGACAGAUAGAAUAGAUUGAUAGACAUAGACAUUUACCAACAAACAUUCAGAUUAAAGCGAGCACGGGC